ACUGUGAGAGCGUUGAACUACGAACGACUUACCGAUAUUUAUACUACAGUAAAAGUUGACUGGGGUGUUGUGUUCUGUGCGGAUUGUAUGGCUGAGCUGAGGAAUAAGGUAUGAAGUUUGGUGGAUUAACUUCUCUAUUAUUUUGUUGAAUGGUGGAAGUCCUACAGAAGUGGUUCAACACUUUAGACUGCAUUAAGUUCCUUACACCUUACUUUGGAUUUAGAACUAUACAGUAUAAAGUUAAACAAAUGCUUGUUUUUCCAGCUUCAGAAAGAAAUAAAGAUGCAAUUAUAAAUGUUCUUAAGCAUUAUUUACCUGACCCUAAGAAUGAAAAAAAGUUUUUUGUUCUAGAAGUGGCCUCUGGUAGUGGACAACAUGUGAGCUGUUUUGCAUCUAAGUUUCCAAACUGUCAGUGGCAACCAUCUGAGGUCUCAGCAAGAUGUUUGCAUAGUAUAAAUGCAUAUAUUGAGUCACUGGGUGUAAAAAAUGUUCUGCCACCAAUGAAAAUUGAUGUAGCUCUUCCAGUUUCCCAAUGGAAGGAUAACACUUUGAUUACCAGCUCAGUGGAUAUGAUGCUUUGUAUAAAUAUGAUUCAUAUUGCUCCUUGGCAAUGCACUAUUGGUCUCUUUAAUAGUGCAGGUGUAUUGUUGAAUUCUGGUGGUGUUCUUGUAACAUAUGGGCCAUAUGCAAUUGAUGGUCAGUUAACACCACAAAGUAACGUCCAUUUUGACAGAAGUCUCCGUCAAGAAAAUAUUGAAUAUGGUGUAAGGGAUGUUAGAGACCUUAAAAAACUUGCAAAAGAUAAUAAAAUGACAUUGGAAAAAGUUUAUGACAUGCCAGCUAAUAAUAAGACUUUGAUCUUUAGGAAGUAAUUGUAAUUUCACUUUUUAAUAUAUAUUGUAUUUAAACAUAGAAGGUGGUAAUGUUUUUGCAUGGACCAUUUAUACAUAUAUAAAGUAUUAACACUGGUAAAAAAAAUUGUAUUACUAAUAGUAGAAAUAAUAGCCAUAAUAAAGAUGCUGAAUGUGAUCUACCUGAUACAGGUGUUCACCUAAAAAUAGCUUGAGUCUAUGUAUUAAUACUUGUGAAAUGUGUACAACUGAUGUAUUUGCAUUAGGGUGAUUUCCAUUAGUUUCUUGGUUUAUUAAUUAUUUAGUCAGUUGUAUUGAAAAUUUAUUGAAAGUAAGUUUUGUUUUGUAGGAUGCUCAGACUUGAAAAAUGUUUCUAACUUAUUGAUUGGUGACAUUAUGAGCCAUACUAACAGACUAUUUUUAUAGGCCAUAUGUUUUGGUUAUUUUUCCCAAAAAUAUUGAAAAGUUUAUAAUAUUCUGACUUAGUGAUGACUUCAUGAUCAUAGUUUUUUGUUUUUUUUUUGGAAUUAGAGUUCUUGUAACAAAAAUUUUGAACUAAAGGUGUCAGUUAUGGAAUUAAUUGUUUUUGGAACUGCUAUUUUAUCACUUUUAAUUGGUGCAAUAGUGACUGAUCAGAAAUUGCUUUAAGGUUUUGCAAAAUGUGUACUGUGGAUGUAUGCUUAACUAAAAAUUUGCAUGUAUGUUUAUUCUCAUUAGUGGCGAUAAGACAAUGAAAACUGUAUACACAGGCUGCUCACUCACACUGAUUCAGCCAGCCUGUUCACAGUUAUGACUGGUCUCACCAGUACUCAGCUGACUGUGUAAAUAGAAUAUUAACAGAUAUGCCGGAAAAACUAACAGAGAAAACAAAGAACUUCAAGUGAUAGUGAUUGUAUUGUAUGGAGUGUAAGAACUGCCAUUGUGUUCAGCCAAAACAUGUAAAAAAAAGCAGAAUUUUUUGUGUAAUGUACACACAAUUUUGGGUUGAUGUCCAAAUAAAACUAAAAAUAAUAACAAUAUAAUACCUCAAUUUUUUUGUUUGGAAAAGGCUAUUUAUUCUACAGCAUUUAUAUCAGUAUGAAAAUGGUUUUUUGGUAUUGCAACAUUGUUUAAGUCUUUUGACUUUAUUUUAUUUAUAAGUUUAUUUGUAUAACAUUUUAUUAUUUGCCAUACUAAUAUGUUGGAUACAAUGUACUGGGAGUUGAUGUAUUAAAAAGCAGAUACGCAUCAAAUUUAAA